AUCAGGCCAAAAUUGGUGCAAGUGUCCUGCUUCGCGACUUCCAUGCAAUAUGAAUAUGAAUAAACAUGAUUCAGGACCUGGAACGAACGUACCAUUACACUACUAUAAAGCAUCCAUGCACCUUUUUCGUUCCCUCUCCCAAGGCUUUUCUUGAUAACACGAGUACGGUGUUCUCUCGCCCCUUGGUUAAUCGCCUAUCAUGACGUUGAUGGACAACACAUGGGGUGUGGUAUUCGUUUUCUGCGUUUUGAGUACCGUGCUUUCGGGAAUUCUGACCGUUCAGGUCUACGCAUACCAUCUCAAAUUCCCCAAGGAUACCCCACUUAUCAAGGGCACUGUCUGGCUCGUUUUCAUCUUAGAGUUGGCACACACGGCCUUCAUUUGGGUUGACCUUUAUCACUAUAUAAUCACCAAUUUCGCGAAUCCCUUCUAUCUCAUUGUUGUCGAUUGGCGUACCUUCCCCCCUAUGUUCUUACAAGCAACCCUCACUUGUAUUGUCCAACUGUUCUACGCACGGAGAUGCUGGCUUGUGAACAGAAAACAAUGGAUCGUACCCUUGGUUACGGCUGUCUUGACUCUCAUGUCUGCCGGUGCAGCCUAUUACGCGACGAUUUAUUCCACUCGGUUGAAGACGUACAUUUCUUUUGACUACAAGACUUGGUCGGAAGUCGUAUGGAUGGGUGCAGGAGGACUGGCCGAUAUCCUGAUCAUCUAUUGCAUUCUUAGUUCACUUCGGGGACCUCGAACGGGUUAUGCACGGAUUGAUAAAGGCUUAAGGGCGCUUGGUAUUUACGCAUUUUCUACGGGAGCUCUCUCCACUAUUCUUAACUUCACGACUCUAAUUCUGUUUUAUGCGAGCAAAAAAACUCUUUGGUAUAUCGGCAUCAGCUUCAUGCUGUCGAGAGUGUAUUCGAUCAGCUUGAUGGCAUCGUUGAAUUUGCGAGGGGCAUGGACACGCGACGCAGACACGGAAUAUAUUGUUGGGACGGAAGAUGCUUGGUUUAUGACCUUGGAAUGCAUGGGCGUAACACCAAACCCCACUGAUCCGAGUGAUGGGCAUUCUAGUGGCUCGGUUAUCGAAAUUGCAGCUGUAUCAACGUGCAUAUCGCCAUGAGUCCAACGUUCAUCCCUGGCUUCUGCAGUGUGCACACUACGGGUCCAAGGGAGGGUUUAUGAUGUGACUGCACACUGAGUGCAGAUAUUGUGAGAUACAUUCGUUCAUUCACUGGCCAGAUAAUGUUACGACCACCCCCGCGGUGCUACAUAUGUACGAAGACAGCUGGUUAGACAUAUUACAUCAUCUUGUGUGUAGUCCUUUCGUAUUCCCUCCUGGUUCCCUUCGUCACGCACGUUCGUGCGUAUACAUAUCCACGCUAGUCCACAAUCGCACAUCCAUGCAUAUGUGCGUGUUCUUGUGCACCCCUAUAUAAUGUACCCCCAAGUUCAUGGGCAAUUGUUUCCUUCACGAGCGGUUUACCGUGGAAUUCGAAGGGAUGUAAGGUCAGAUCAACUCUAUUAAUAUUGACCUUCUCUAGCUGGGUUCAUUUAUAAAGGAUGAAUGAUGAUCCAACUCCACGCAGAGGAGG